CGUCAUCUAAUCUUUCCAAUUCCUUACUGAUACUCUCUUCACUCCUUCUCUCCCUUAAUCUCCACAACGCUUCUCUACCCUCGUGCUGGGCUCUUUUCUCUCUCUUUUCUUCACGACCUCCCCACUCUACUUUUAUCCUCAACAACGUUGCCUAUCUUGACUUAUUUAAAAAUAAUCACUCACUCUUUGUGAACUACCACUUCAACCACUCCCCUAAAAUCAAAACAUCCAUAUUAAAAAAAAAAUGGCAUCCAAUCGUGCCGUUACCUCUGCCAAGGAGCAGACGGAGGGCCAGAAUACCCCCUCUGGCACCAAGGCUUCUUCUGUCACCAUCGAUGUCAACGUCGCCACGAUCGACGUCGAGGACUUGUACAACAAGGAGAAGUUUGACAUGUCAACUAUGGAGACAGAUAACAUCUUCCAAUUGCUCAAGACCAGCGAAAUUGGUUUGACUUCUGCAGAAGCAGAUACUCGUCUCAAAAAGUUCGGUCACAAUCGCCUCGAGCAAAAGGAGGUCAAUCCUAUUAUGCAAUUCUUAUCCUUCAUGUGGAACCCACUCUCUUGGGUCAUGGAAGCUGCUGCCCUUGUCGCCAUUGUACUUUCCAACGGUGGUGGUGAGCCCCCAGACUGGCAAGACUUUGUCGGUAUUGUUCUGUUGUUGAUUGCCAACGCCACUAUUGGUUAUAUUGAGGAACGUCAAGCUGGAAACGCCGUUAAGGCCUUGAUGGCUUCCUUGGCCCCUCAGGCCAAGGUCAAGCGUGAUGGUCAGUGGGCUACAUUGGAGGCUGCCAACUUGGUUCCUGGUGAUGUGAUCUCAAUUAAGCUUGGUGAUAUCGUUCCUGCGGAUGCUCGCCUUAUCGAGGCUGUCAACGUCUCUAUCGAUCAGGCCGCCUUGACUGGUGAAUCUUUGCCCGCCAACAAGAAGAACGGCGAUGAGAUCUUUUCUGGUUCUACUGUUAAGCAAGGUGAAGGUGAGGCCGUCGUCAUCGGUACUGGUUCCAACACCUUCUUCGGUCGUGCUGCCAAGCUUGUUCAGAUGGCUGGUGAUGAUGUUGGACACUUGCAGAUCGUUCUUGGUCGCAUCGGUCGUUUCUGUAUUGUGUCAAUUGCUAUUUUCUUGGUCAUCGAGGUCAUUGUCAUGUAUGCUGCCUUCAAAUACGAUUAUCGUCGUGGUAUCAACAACGUUCUUGUCUUGCUCAUUGGUGGUAUUCCCAUUGCCAUGCCCACUGUUCUGUCCGUCACCCUUGCUAUCGGUGCUCGUCAGCUUGCCGAACACAAAGCCAUUGUCACCCGCAUGUCCGCUAUUGAGGAAUUGGCUGGUGUCACCAUCCUCUGCUCUGACAAGACCGGUACAUUGACCUUGAACGAGCUUACCAUCGAUAUGGCCAACGUCAAGACCUAUUCCAAUGUCUCUGUGGAGGAUAUCAUUCUCUACUCUGCCUAUGCCUCUCGUGUUGAAAAUCAGGACGCUAUCGAUACCUGCGUUGUCAAGUCUCUGCCCGAUCCUACGCUCGCCCGUGCUGGAAUUGAGCAGUUAGACUUUAUUCCCUUCAACCCUACUGACAAGCGUACUGAGAUCACCUAUCGCCGUCUCUCUGAUAAUACUGUUCAUCGUGUCUCUAAGGGUAUGUCUUCCAUCAUUCUCGACCUCUGCACUCGCGACAAGACUGAGGCGUUAGUUGCUCAGAUGCAUGCUGAUGUCGAUGAGUUUGCUCGCCGUGGUCUUCGUGCUCUUGCUGUCGCUAUGGAGAGUGUCCCCGGAGGUACUAAGGAUGCUCCUGGUACUGGUUUCACUCUCAUUGGUCUCUUGCCCAUCUACGAUCCUCCUCGUCACGACACCAAGGAAACCAUUGAUCGCGCCCAGGCCUUAGGUGUCCAAGUCAAGAUGAUUACUGGUGACCAGCUCGCUAUUGCCAAGGAGACUGGUCGUCGUCUUAACUUGGGUGACCAUAUGUUCAACGCCUCGGUUCUUCGUGAUGGUCCUCCAGCUGAUGAUAACGUCAAGUCGAACACUGUUGAUGAGCUUGUUCUUGAGGCUGAUGGUUUUGCUGGAGUCUAUCCCGAGCACAAGUAUGAUAUCGUGGCUCGUCUUCAGAACUUGGGUCACUUCACUGCCAUGACUGGUGAUGGUGUCAACGACGCUCCUGCUCUUGCCAAGGCCAACGUCGGUAUUGCUGUCGCUGAUGCCUCUGAUGCUGCUCGCUCUGCUGCCGAUAUCGUCUUGACUGAGCCUGGUCUCUCAGUUAUUAUUGAUGCCAUCUUGGGAUCCCGUCAAAUUUUCCAGCGCAUGCGCAACUAUUCUGCCUACACUUGUUCGAUCACCAUUCGUGUUGUCCUUACCUUCUCUAUCAUGUGCUUCGCCUGGAAAUUCGAUUUCCCUCCUUUCAUGAUCCUGAUCUUGGCCAUCUUGAACGACGGAACCAUCUUGACCAUCUCUAAGGAUCGUGUCAUGCCUUCGCAGUACCCCAACCACUGGGACCUCAAGGAGAUUUUCACUUCUGCCAUUGUCUAUGGUAUUUACCUCACUGCUUCGACCUUGGCCUUCUUCGCUGUUGCCUACCACACUAGCUUCUUUUCGAACAUGGGUCUCGAUUCCUUUGACAACUCAAACCAAUGGAAGCUGCACUCUAUCAUCUACCUGCAGGUUUCGAUUCUUUCUCAAGCCUUGAUUUUUGUCACUCGUUCUCAAGGCGUCUCUUUCAUCGAGCGUCCCUCAGCGAUCUUACUGCUUGCUUUCAUCUUUGCCCAAAUCAUUGCUACUUUGAUCGCUGUCUAUGCUAACUGGGGUUUCACCCAAAUCCAGGGAUGUGGUUGGGGUUGGGCUGCUGCUGUCUGGGUCUGGAACAUUGUCUGGUACUUCCCCUUGGACUUGAUCAAGUUUGGUCUUCAGCGCCUCUUCAAGCCUACUCUCAAGUCCGUACAGGAGAACCAGCAGGAACUCCAGUUGGCCCGUACACGCUCGACUCGCUCCUUCUACUCCUCUCACUUCGACCGCUACACCAACCAGCCUCGCAACUUCUCACGCAAGAACUCGGUUGGUGGUCCUCUUACGGCCGAUGGCAAGUCCUUGGGCAUUUCUACACACGAGAUGCGUCGCUUCAGCACCAUCCAGGCUGCUCAAGUCUCGAAUGCUUUAGGUGCCGGUGGUGCUGCAGGUCCAUCACAUUAAGCUCCCCUCCUACUCUUUCUUUUUUUUUCUUCAUCCUUUAAUCCACCCAUCCUCAUUUUAGAACCAUAAUUUAGUAUCUUUUUAUUUUCAUUUUCAUAAUCAUUCUUUCUGCGAGCAAAAAACAGUGCUUUAUUCUUCUAAACAGUGUAUAAUAUAAAACGAAUAAAAACAGGUACACAAAAGUUACAG